AUGGCUGAUAUUGGUACAAAGGAUGUUAGAAGGAUAGAUAGCAAAGAAUACUUGAAGGCAUACGGGUGGAAGGAAGGUGAGGCGUUCAAGACAGGCGGCUUGAAGAAACCCAUCUUGGUGAAACACAAGAGAGAUAAGAAAGGUUUGGGGACGACACCCGGUAAUGAUGACAGCGAGGCAUGGUGGGAGAGACUGUUUGACGGCCAUUUGAAGAAUUUGGACGUGACUACAAGUGAAAAGAAGGGCGAGGGCAUUGUCUUUAAACAGAACAAAGCUGUUGGUUCCGCUGUAUCAAAGCAGAGUUCCCCGUUAUACCAGUGGUUCGUGCAAGGUGAAGGGUUGAAGGGAACCAUCGGAUUGAAGAGGGAAACAGAAACUCCUAAGGACGUUGUAGUUGGGGACGAAGAGAAGAGUAGGAACAAGUCGAAGAAAAGCAAAAAGAGAUCAAGAGACUCUGAGGAGAAGGAUAAGAAGCAUCACAAGAGGCACAAGAAAGACGAAAUCAAAGAGGAGAAGAAACGGGAAAAAAGGCAUGCAAAAAAGAAGCUCAAGAGCGAAAAGAAGCACAGGAGCGAGAAGAAGCACAGGAGCGAGAAGAAGCAUAAGACAGCAAAGAAGCACAAGAAAUGA